GUGUUGUUGAGAGCAGGCCAGUGUUUGUUGUGGCGAUCAGCUGAGCGGCGCCGCCAGGCAUGGGAUGCUGUUGUCCUGCUCCCUGAACUCUUCUGGCUGUUCUCUACUGUCCUCAUUUAGCAUCUUCAGCAGGUGAUGGAGGAAAAGAAUGAGGACCUGUUUGAUGCUGUGUAUGCCUUGGAGCAGCAGAAGUAUGGUGAAGGACAGACUGAAGGUACAGAGGAAGGACACAAAAACCACUACCAGCAAGGCUUCUUAUUAGGCUGGCAGCAGGCUUGUCACUUAUUGCAUGAGCUGGGCACAGUGGAAGGCCUCCUGAGCAGCAUUGCAGUGAACAGGAAGGCCGAGCUAAGUCCAAGGACACAUAGCCAAGUGGUGCGGCUGCUGGAGGACCUGCAGGGGUGGCCAAGCUGGGAUCCUUCUGAGAAGAACAUUGAGGAGAAGCUUCGAGGCAUCCACACCAGGGCAAGGAACCUAUUGCGAAGAGUUGGAAUAAGUGUCAAGGUGGUGGACAGAAGUGUGGAUUCCGAAUUCUGAGUAACGUAGUACAGAGAAAGGAAGGAUAAAAGAACUUUGUGUGAGUGCAUCAGUGUGUUUGUCGGUGUGUUCUUGUGGUGAAAAUGGAGUUGCUAUAUGUAUGGUAUCUUUUUGUGAUACUUUUAGUGUCUUUCUUGAUGUCUAUAUCAUAUACUUAUUUUAUUCAUAUGCUUUUGUGAUCUUUUGAGUUGAUUAAUCAUGUUGUACAAAGAAAUAAUGGUGUGUGUGGCCAGGGCUGCCUGUGCUGGUGCGCUUAGUGAAGACAGGAAUUGGUUACAGUACAGGGAUGGUCACUGACAUGCACUAGUCAUACAUGUGUAGUAAACCAUGUAGUAUUUAAGUAAAGAUCAUUUGCUUUUAGGUCCUGGCUUGUAUUAUUUAAAUUAUUUAUCAAACAAAAUUCUGUAAAUACAAAUUAGAAUAAAAUAUGCAGACCUUAUCUCAAUUGCUGUCACAAGAGUCAUAAUA